AGAAUAGAGUAAGAUUCGAUCAGUUUAUAUGAUUCUUUUAAUUUUAUUCAUAUAAAAGAAAAAUAGGAAUGUCUCCUUUUAAAAACAGUACUUUCCAUAAUUCUACUAAUGUACUUUAUCUUUGUUAUUAUUCCAGUGUUCUUAUGAAUAUUAAAAAAUUGUAAUCUUAAAAGAAAGGAAAACAUGACUAAAAAUGAUAAAAGUAAGUUGAAAACUGUACAUACAAAACAUUUUCAUUUGAGAGAACGUUGUCUCAAGAAAACGUUGAAAUUUCAAAAAUAGCAAUAUGCUUACGCAUGUGUGUAGUCUCUCUUACAGCUUCUCUUAAACAAUCUCCAUUGAACUUUCCCAUGUCUGAAACUUAUGUUUGUUACUGUACAAAUCAUGGAGAGACGGGAAUAGCUUCUUUUUCCAUUCGUGCAGGCGCGGAGGAAUUUACAUUAAAGCCACGACCAGUUUCAGACAGUGGCUCAGCAAGUUCACAAUGUGGCGUGCGAUCGUUCUCGCUGUAUUAGCAGCAGUAAGUGUCAACGUUGAGUCAACUGGUUGCAUCAAACGCCAAUCGGAAUCGAGAGGAGAUGACGAUGGUCACUACUGUGUCUGCAAUGCAACCUAUUGCGAUGAAGCCCCAGAUGCUGUCAAGCCACCGGAUCCCACCGGAUAUGUUCUGAUAACUUCGUGCAAAAGUGGUUUACGAUUUCAUGUAUCGAGCGGCAACUAUGACGAGAUCGAUUUCUAUGCUGAUUUGGUGGCGGCACAAAAUAAAAAUCAAGAGGUGUUAUCAGACUUUUUCGGCAUAUUCAGUCCUUUUCGUUCAGAAUGUAGCGAGAAACCGUCAUAUCCGCUUACACCAGGAGUAAUCACCGUAAAUCAAACCGAUGUAUAUCAAGAGAUAUUUGGGUUUGGUGGAGCUGUAACUGAUGCAGCGGGUAUCAAUAUCCUUAGUUUGACAAAAGAGGCAUCCGAUAACUUAUUGAGGAACUACUUUGGUCCGAAUGGAAUUGAAUAUAGUUUCAUCAGAACGCCAAUGGCUGGCUCGGACUUUUCAACGAGACACUACUCUUACGCGAUGGUAGAAAACGACACUUCACUUGACAACUUUACGUUGCAAAUGGAAGAUUACGUUUACAAGAUACCAGUAAUAAAACGAGCUAUAGAAUUGAAAGGAAGCGAAAUUAAAUUGCUAACUGCGCCAUGGAGUGCCAGUUCCUGGAUGAAAACGAAUAAUAAUUGGACAAAUGGUGGUACAUUAGAUCCGAGAUAUCAACAAGUGUGGGCAAAUUAUUUCGUCAAAUAUUUUGAAGCUUAUCGACAGGCUAAUCUGGAAUUCUGGGGCUUGACGCCUCAGAACGAGCCACUCAACCAUCUUUAUGCUCCAGAACGUUUUAGCGGGAUGGCAUGGACUGCCGAGCAAGAGCGCAAUUGGGUUAUCGAAUACUUGUCGCCUACCUUAAAAAAGAACUUUGGACACAUUAAAAUCUUUUCAGCGGACGAAAACAGACUGGCGUUUCCUAAUUGGGCGAGAACGGCAUUUGGAAAUGAAAGAGCUAGAAAUAUCUACUCUGGAACCGCGAUACACUUUUAUUUCGAUACUACGUUCGGACCGACGGUCUUAGACGAGAUAUACCAACAAUUCCCAGAGAAAUCGCUAAUAUACACAGAAGCGUGCAAUGGAGUACAACUAGCUCAACGAGUGAUUCUUGGUUCGUGGGGCCGCGGCGAAAUAUACGCGAAGAACAUCAUCGAGAACAUGUCGCAUUGGGUGAGCACUUGGAUCGACUGGAACAUUGCCCUAGAUACGUCUGGUGGACCCAAUUGGGCUAAAAACAAUGUCGAUUCCCCAAUAAUAGUCAACAAGACCGCCAACGAAUUUUACAAGCAGCCGAUGUUCUACGUUCUUGGACAUUUUUCAAAAUACGUUCCACCUAAAAGUGUGAGGAUUGGCACAACUUCGGAAAACACUGAGGGAAUUGAAAAUGUUGCGUUUUCUAGGCCCGAUGGAAGUAUCGCAUUAGUUCUUUUAAAUCGAAACGAGGAGCCGAAAGAAAUUGUGAUCAAAGAUCCUAUGAAAGGGGUAACAACGAUUAAUGUCCCUGGAAAAUCCAUAAACACGAUGAUAUAUUGAUAACGAAAAUGAUCUGUCGUAAUAUCGGCAGAUACAGAUGACGGGCACAUUGUGGAUAUAUUUUCAAUUGUUUUAGGCUUUUAAUGUUGCUUAUUGUGUCGUACUGUUAAAGCAUAGAGAGUGCAUAUUUUAUAUAUAUGUAUAUAAAAUAAUAAACAAAUGCUAAUGUUGAAGAAUAA